UGUUCUUCAGAUCGACAAUGUUUAGUUCUGGGACCUUUUGGGGGCCAAUGAGGAGCUGAACUGCAUAAUUCAAUUAUAUAGUUGUCAAUUAGAACAAUUUUGAUUAUUGCUAAAUUGCAUGUUCUUUCAACAGGUCCUAGCCAUUAUCAUAGGAUGCGUGCCAAUCCUGAGGCGACAGGUCUUUACUUCUGAUGCUCCACUGUACUUCUUCACUGACAGCUGUUUGAUUCUUGGGGAUGCCAUGAUUCCCUGCAUAUUGUUGGCUUUAGGAGGCAAUCUUGUUGAUGGACCAGGACCCGGUAGUUCAAAACUUGGUCUAAGGACAACCGCUGCAAUUGUCUUUGGACGGCUGGUUUUGGUUCCUCCAACUGGACUUGGCAUUGUCAUGUUAGCUGAUAAGCUUGGAUUCCUUCCCGCUGGUGACAAAAUGUUCAGAUUCGUACUCCUCCUUCAGCAUACGAUGCCUACAUCCGUACUUUCUGGUGCUGUUGCCAACUUGAGAGGAUGUGGGAAGGAGGCAGCGGCGGUAUUAUUUUGGGUUCAUAUUUUUGCUAUUUUCUCUAUGGCUGGAUGGAUCAUCCUCUACCUCAACAUACUGUUUUAAGUUAGGAUCAAACAGCAUUGCUACAAAGAGUAAAAAGAAGAGAUCUUGAGAUGGAAAGUUUUUAUUCCUGUUACCAGGAUCGCGCCAGCCUUUCGAAAAGCAGCUGUUUUUAGCUCAUUCAAUUGCCUCAUCAUUGUUUGAGAUUAAGAGAGAGAUGUAUUGAUAUUAUGUAGGAAUAUUACCUAAUAAAUCUAUAAGUAUAAUUAGUCAUGAUGGAGCUAACUAAUUGCUCCUUAUUUGUUAUUGGCUUCUUCUACUGUAUAACCUUAGCUUAUGCUACCUUGAAACUGGCUAUGUCAAAGAUGGACUUGGCAUUUGGCAAAGACAAAGAUGACACUUGAUGUUCAUUUGAGAAAAUAAGUAAUCAGGAAUUAUUUGUGGUA